ACUAUUUCCGAAUGUUGUUUUUUCAUCCAAUCAGAGAGUAGUGGGUGUGUUUCUGCACAAACAUGGCUCCACAUGCUGAAGCACUGGUGCUAUAUAACCUUGAUUGAUCAGCUUCUUCGGUUGAGACAAGCCUAAAAAGAGCAACAUGCAAGCUGCUAUGGAUAUCACGGCAAAGUAUUGCCAUAAAGAAAUGGAGGCAUAUGGGUCAUGUGUGGCCUCCAACCCAUCAACAUGGCAGUCAAAGUGUCAUGAGCUGAAGGUGAAGGUUGCAGAGUGCACAUCAUCUCACCCAGUGAUCCAGAAGAUCAGGCAGGGUUGUUCCACAGAGUUUGUAGACUUUGAGCGUUGUCUGAGAGAGAACCCGAACAAUCCUACCCCCUGCUCAACACAUGUGGCUCGCUUUCUGGGCUGUGCAGAGACCGUGGACCUCAGUGGAGCGGAUGCGGUACCUCAGCCAUCGUAGCAUUCAGACGCCUUCCAUCACCGUCAGAUUACUCAAGCAGCACAAAUGGGUUGCUUUCACAUGCGUCCCAGGCAUGUUACUGUAUGUACAGCGAAUGUUAAAACAUCUGUGUGACUUUCUUCAACAAAUUAUGAAUGCAACAGUACUGUGAGUUAGACAGGUUGUGUGGAUUAUUUAAUUAAUGCAUCAUUCUUCUCGUACUCCCCAUGUAAAUGUGAUUUAUACUUGCCUGUAUGCAGGAAGUCUGAUUUAUUUUUUACAGAUUUUUAUUGAACCACCUCAUUAAAAUUGACAUCAGACUUGUAAUACUCA